AUGGGAGAUUGGAACUUACUGGGCGGCAUCCUAGAGGAAGUUCACUCCCACUCUACCAUCGUGGGGAAAAUCUGGCUGACUAUCCUGUUCAUCUUCCGAAUGCUGGUACUUGGUGUCGCUGCUGAGGACGUGUGGGAUGACGAGCAGUCCUCUUUUGCCUGCAACACCCAGCAGCCAGGUUGUAACAAUAUCUGUUAUGAUGACGCUUUCCCUAUCUCCUUGAUCAGAUUCUGGGUUUUGCAGAUCAUCUUUGUGUCUUCACCUUCUUUGGUGUAUAUGGGCCAUGCACUUUACAGACUCAGGGACUUUGAGAAACAAAGGCAGAAGAAGAAGUCACAUCUUAGAGCCCAGAUGGAGAAUCCAGACCUUGACCUGGACGAGCAACAAAGGGUAGAGAGGGAGCUGAGGAGACUCGAGGAGCAGAAGAGGAUUCACAAAGUCCCUUUAAAAGGAUGCCUGCUGCGUACUUAUGUCUUGCAUAUCUUGACCAGGUCUAUGUUAGAAGUGGGGUUCAUGAUAGGCCAGUAUAUCCUCUAUGGAUUUCAGAUGCGCCCCCUUUACAAAUGCUCCCAAGCCCCUUGCCCCAAUGCGGUGGACUGCUUUGUGUCCAGGCCCACAGAGAAGACUAUUUUCAUGCUCUUCAUGCACACCAUCGCCGCCAUCUCCUUGUUACUCAAUAUCUUGGAAAUAUUUCAUCUUGGCAUCAGGAAAAUCAUGAGAGCACUUGACGGCAAAUCCAGCGGUGGGAGCACCGAGAACGAAACAGGCCCUCCAUUCCAUUCAGCGAACCAUGCAGGGGCCCAGCAGUGUGUGGUUUGCUCUUUACCUGAAAAAAUCUCACUCCUUCAAGCCAACAAUAAACAGCAGGUCAUCCGAGUCAAUAUACCAAGGUCUAAAAGCAUGUGGCAAAUUCCACACUCCAGGCAACUUGAGGUGGAUGUUUCCUGUAGCAAAAGAGACUGGGCUGAGAAAGUUGAGAACAGUGGACGGCGGCUCCAUGUCCACAGCCCAUGUCCCCACGAUGUCAGUGCCAGAAUUCAGCACCCAGGACAGCAACCAUGCCCCUCCUGCUUUGGCCCCAAGAAUGUAACAUCUCAGUCCUGGUUAGGUACAAUGACAGCUUUUCAACACUGUCCAUCAGCUACAUUAGAAGCCUGGGAGCCGUCCCAGGGCCGAGAAGCUUCAGGCAAACCUCUUACAGAUCGUCACAGUCACUUGCAAGGCAGUGACGGCAGUGCAAGAGAGAGUGGGGUUUGGACAGACAGACUAGGCCCAGGCAGUCGCAAGGCCAGCUUUCUAUCGAGGCUGAUGUCAGAAAAGGGACAACGGCAUAGUGACGCAGGAAGCUCACGGUCUCUGAAUAGCUCAUGCUUGGAUUUUCCGCACGGGGAAAAUAGCCCCUCACCUCUGCCGUCAGCCACUGGGCACAGAGCAUCAAUGAAUAUGCUUCUAGAACUCUCAUCCAUCAUGAAAAAAUAA